AUGGUGGCGUCUUUAGACAAUGUGAGGGGCUUAACUUUGGCCAUGUCAUCUAGUGCAUUCAUUGGUUCUAGCUUUGUGAUCAAGAAAGUUGGAUUGAAGAAGGCUGGGGAUAAUGGAAGGCGUGCAGCUUCUGGAGGUUUCUCAUAUCUAUAUGAGCCAUUAUGGUGGUUGGGAAUGAUAACUAUGAUUCUAGGCGAGGUAGCCAAUUUUGCAGCAUAUGCAUUUGCCCCUGCUGUACUUGUUACUCCUCUAGGAGCUCUAAGCGUCAUAUUUAGUGCAGUGCUCGCACACUUCAUUCUGAAAGAAAAUUUGCACAUGUUUGGCAUUGUUGGUUGCAUACUAUGCGUUGUUGGUUCUGUUGGUAUAGUUUUGCAUGCCCCAAAGGAGAGAAAAAUUGAUUCUAUGAAGGAAAUAUGGCAUCUUGCAACACAGCCAGGCUUUAUUGUUUAUUCAUGCGUGGCGGUGGCCUGCGUUCUUUUUUUGAUAUUCUGGGUUGUUGAACGCUCUGGGCACAGAUUGAUGCUUGUUUACAUAGCAAUCUGUUCAUUAAUGGGAUCUCUUACGGUUAUCAGUGUAAAAGCAGUUGCCAUUGCUUUAAAGCUAUCAUUUAGUGGAUCAAAUCAAUUCAUCUACGUUCAGACAUGGUUCUUCAUAGUAGUAGUCACUAUUUGCUGCUUGGUGCAGUUAAACUACUUAAAUAAGGCUCUGGACUCGUUCAACACGGCUGUGGUUUCUCCUGUAUACUACGUGAUGUUCACCAUUCUUACCAUUGUUGCGAACAUGAUCAUGUACAAGGACUGGGCCUCGCAAACUGCAACACAGAUCGCAACACAGCUAUGUGGGUUUGUGACCAUUGUCGCGGGGACUUUUCUGCUUCACAAGACUAGGGAUAUGGGGAAUCCACCACCACCUGACCAAAUGUGCCUGGAAGAAGCCGGAGAAUGUGCUCCACGGUCAAUGAACAGCUCUAGCUGA